AUGGGCACCGCCGGGCAGGAGCAGUGCGCGAGCGCCAUCGCCCACACCAUCGUCGGCUUCUCCCGCAAGUGCUUCGGCGAGAACCGGGAGGACGAGUCGUCGUACAGGGGGUGCGUGGGGCAGCACUGCGCCGAGCAGUGCGGCAGCUCCCACGAAGGCUGCCAAGGGCUCUGCGCCGAGCGCUCCGGGGAGCUCUUCGCGAAGCUCUCGGCCAAGGAGCG